CCAGAACCACUAAUGUGCUCGCUCGCAGCGCGGACGGCAACUUCGAGGUGACCUUGGCCACGAAGGCCACGAUCUACCAUCAAGGAUUGGUCGAGUGGAAGCCGCCCGCCAUAUAUAAGUCAUCGUGCGAGAUCGACGUGGAGUACUUCCCAUUCGACGAGCAGACCUGCGUCCUCAAGUUCGGUUCGUGGACCUAUGACGGCUUCAAGGUCGAUCUAAGACACAUGGACGAAAAAUCCGGGAGCAACGUGGUGGACGUAGGGGUUGACCUGUCCGAAUUCUACAUGUCGGUAGAAUGGGAUAUUCUAGAAGUGCCUGCAGUGCGGAACGAGAAGUUUUACACCUGCUGCGACGAGCCCUACUUGGACAUCACGUUCAACAUCACAAUGAGGAGAAAAACCCUCUUUUACACGGUGAACAUUAUAAUUCCCUGUAUGGGAAUAUCAUUCCUCACGGUUCUUACGUUUUAUCUACCCAGCGACAGCGGUGAAAAGGUAACGCUCUCCAUUUCGAUUCUCAUCAGUCUCCACGUGUUCUUCCUGUUGGUCGUUGAGAUCAUUCCGCCGACAUCCUUGGUUGUGCCGUUGCUUGGAAAGUACCUGAUAUUCGCCAUGAUACUCGUCUCGAUAAGUAUAUGCGUUACGGUGGUCGUUCUCAACGUUCACUUCCGUUCACCACAAACGCAUAAAAUGGCACCCUGGGUGAAGAGGGUUUUUAUACACAUUCUUCCGCGACUUCUAGUGAUGAGAAGACCUCAAUAUAAAUUUGAACCUAACAGGUUCGCUUCCGGUAGAGUGCUAAUGAGGACCGUCAGGGGAAAGGAGAAGACCUGUUAUUACCCUUACCAUCCGUCGACUCAGGAAGACAGUGAGGAACAUCUCACACCCAAGAGAUUCCACAGCCGUCCUCCCUCAAAGGAAGACCUCUCGCCUUCCAGUCUUACAGACGGUGCAAGGUUUGGAGGUAGCUGCUUAAUUCACGGCCCUCCUUUACCGUUGCACGCCGAGUGUGAGGAUCUCUCGGUUUCCGGAGAUGCAGGCAUAGAGGAAGUCAAGAGCCCGGCGCUACGAAGCCCGCCAACCUUCUCGCACUCUCGUUGCCCACCGGAGGUGCACAGAUCUUGUAUUUGCGUGCGUUUCAUCGCCGAGCACACCAAAAUGCUCGAAGAUUCGACUAAGGUGAAGGAGGACUGGAAGUACGUGGCGAUGGUGCUGGACCGGCUGUUUCUUUGGAUUUUCACCCUGGCGGUAUUGGUGGGCACCGCGGGCAUCAUCUUGCAAGCACCCACCCUGUACGACGAUCGGGUGCCCAUCGACAAGAAGUUUAACGAGUUCGCGACCAAGGUGGUCAAGUGUCCGCCCCAGUAGUCCAUGCCCGAGCCCUGCACCGUAGAGAAAGAUUAAGGACCAGAAGCACGGAUCCUUCUCCCCCGUCCUAAGUCUUAGGAGAGUCCGCAAGCUCCGCUUCCUUAUCCUCAACGAUAAAAUUACGGCAAAGGGCUCCGAUUCUUAUAAAGAAUGAACCGGAAGCAUAUAUAUGCGACCGGCGAUUUUUAACGAGAAGAAGAAGAAGAUGAAGAAGCAACUGGAAGGAUAAGAUAAAAAAUCAUCGAUUUCGGAAAGACAGUUUCGUGGGUAGAAGAAUGUGUUGCCUCUUGAGAGGGAAGGCGACAUCGUUAAAAAUACCUUAAAACCUUAUUAUAGAAGGAUGUCGUCGCUGGAACAAAAAAAAAGCUGCACUCGAUGUCUUCGAAAUAUUAAGGACGCGUUGAUUCGCCAGGUGAACCUACAUAAACCUACAUAGUCUGCUCAAGUAAAUCGUAAUACGAAGCUGCCACUACUUAAUCGGGUAAACCUAAUCACACAUCAGACGGACUUUACGAUAUAAAACUGUAAGUAAUUUUAACGUCUCGAGAACGAAAAAGGGGCGAGAAACCGGAAUCUUCGCCAGUGUUCGUCUAAACGCGCGCGAGCAAGCGUCAAGUAUCGUUUGAGUAGGGCUCGGCUGGCCUGAAACGCGAGAUUAAUUAAUGUCCCUUCUCGAUUCGCACGUUGUAGAUUUAGAAUCUAUACAGAGACGCAGUCAAUAUUGAAACCUGGUGAACCGGAAAUUAUACGACCGGCUCUUAACCGAUAAUAUCGUAUCGCGGCUGUAUAUCGCAGCAGCGUUAUUUUACGCACAGCAGUUUACGCGUUCGAAGAAGUGGCGCCGAUAUAUAGCGAGCAUUUUUCUUCUUUAACGUAGAACACAUUUUUUAUACCGAACUAGAUGUUCCUCCGAGUAAUUCCGAGUAUACUUUGUUGCCGCGCAAUGCGGUACAUUUACUGACACUUGAGCUUGCAAAAGCUUCGCGACGCGCAGCGGGCGAAUCAAGAAAUUGCAAUAUACGCGGUACAUUAUAUAUAUAUAUAUUCGAUAUCCGUGCGCGCGAACACGGAUCGCGAUUCUUCGCCGCGUUUUGUAUUGUAAUGCGAGUCGUAAACCGCUCUCAUUACGCGAGUUAAUUAGGUAAUCACCGCGUAGUUAGCUCGUCGUACACAGACUUAGGGUGUAACUUGAAAUAUAUAACCAGUUAAUAAUUUUAGGAGCUAUCCGCGUUUAUAUGAUAUAUAUAUGUAUAAUAUUAUAUAUUAUAUACAGGAUGUCUGACAUAAGGUGUCGCACCGAAAAUAUACAAGCAGAUCUUGCUAUUUGGAGAUAAUUUUUCCUCGGCAAAAAUAUCGAGAUAUCAAUAAUUUUCGAGUUGUAAGCGAUUGAAAAUCAAGGGUUUUUCGC